AUAAAAAGAAGAGGGUCUAACGUGAAUAUCCACACAAUCAUCCUUUUCUCAACAGUUCUUCAUUAACAUACAGUAAAAGGCUAAGCUAACUUGAAUCAAAAAGAAUGGCAAACAAAACCAAGACUUCACCUCCGACAGCACCUUCUUUCGUCGAGUUUGAUCCUGCUUGUGAUUUGCAGAAAGAGGAAGCACUUGAUACUUUGAUCAUCCAUCUACCUGACUUCAAGAAGGAACAACUAAGGGUACAAGUCAACAAAGAUGGAGUCCUCAAAGUAUCUGGAGAAAGACCAACAAGUGUAAAUGGAACAAAAAGGAGCCGUUUUCUCAAGGAAACAAAAGUACCAGAAGGUUGUGAUAUAAAUGACAUUCGAGCUAAGUUCACUAAUGGCCGCCUAAAUGUCAUGAUGCCAAAGAAAAAAACACCUGCAGCUCCCCAAAUUGUCCAACAGCAGCCUGCAUCAACAUCAUCAGGGCCUCCUCUUCAAUCAGAGGUUACUGGUCAAAAGCCGCAAGCGCUUGCUGAGGCCCCGAUUUCCAAUGAACCAAAAACAAAGGCUACAAGUGCUGAAAAUGGUAAUCUGGGGACAAAUGAUACGAGUCACGAUCAGCCAAAGGGUGAUCAAAUGUUCGAGCAUGGAAGCAUCAUAAAAAGACUGCAAGGAAGAAAUAAAUUGGCUUUGGGAUUUGGAGUUGCCGCUGUGGCAAUGGUUACAAUUGGAGCUUUUGUGGCUUAUAAAUAUGGGUCUGAUAGCAUUUCUUCUCCUUCAUUGUAUGCUGAGGAGUUGGGGCUCAUUUAAAAUCCUCUUAUUAUUCUGUAUUUUUCUGUAUAUUCUGGUGUUCUGAUAAUGGGUUGGGAGAAUUAUUUAUGGCUUUGUGUAUAGAAAAAUUUACAAAUAAAAAGCUUGGUGAAUGAAUUGAUGAAA